UCAUAUAGGAAAUUGGAAUUUCUAUUCUACUCGCGCGACCCGCGACGUUUUAUCCGCGUCCUGCGACAGUUAGAUACACUCAUUCCAAUAUAUUCGCUUAUGCAAAUGUUACGCUACGCACGAUUGAUUUUAACAAUACAAUAAAACAUCGAAGGAGUAUUAAAGAACUAUAGCAAAUUUUUGGAUACUGUACGCAUAUAGUUUAUUUUCAUUCUGUGAAGAACAACCAGAAAUCACUGCAGAACAAAAACGCUUAUUUGUGAACAAAACAGCACCACAAGGAAUGAAGAAGAGAGAAAUGUUCAUUUUUACUGCUACUGGAAUGGCAGCCUUUCUAAUAGUGCUUCAAUUUCAUUAUUACAGAAAUUUAAAAGUAUUCAAAAAAGCUGAGGAAUGGAAGAUUACGACAUCAGGUUUUGCAUUUCAAGAUGAGUUAAUUCGGAAAUUGUUAAAAGAAGUUCACGGACCCAUAAAUGAUACAGAAUUCGGUUACAUAUUCAAAGGAAAUUCUGGUGAUCAAUCUACCUGGGAAUUUAAUUUUAGUGACUUGACUAAACGAAAACUAGGGCGGAGCUAUGUAGAAAUGACAAGUUUUCGUCCAAACGCUGUUAAUGGAGAUUUUUAUAAUCCUAUCAGAUUUGAUAAAGGAGGACUUGUUUUGUUCGAGGAUUAUGGUGCUGGAGUUUUCCACAGGCUUGCUUUGCUUCACACUCAUCAAGCUCUAAAUCAAUCUGAAAAAGUUGAUGAAGUCUCUUUUGAGAGCACAAGCAAUCUUUCCUUUCACACCAAGACUGUUGGAAACGUUUAUCUUUCAUUAUCCAGUGUGAGGGCAGAGGUUGACGGAGAAGAAUUAAUUACAGUACCAACCGCUUGGAAGAGAAAUUUUGCCUAUCCUUUUCCAAAGACGUUCUUUCGAUUUGAUGACAAAAAAAACAAAGCUGGUUUUCAAUUAACGCACCCAAUUUCCUAUGCAAAAAGUUUUCGCAUCAUUACCAGGUGGCCGGGCAGUGAACAGUUUAAAACCGAUGAUGUAUGGAAUCAAUCAAAAGUGUGUCAUGAUACAAAGACAGCAUGCAACGUUAAGGUAUAUUUUGGAGUAACUGUAAACAAACUUGAACAUGGUGCAAAAAUAAACACACAUUUUAAAGAUUAUGUUACCCAAGAUAUUCACUCAUUAAAACGCAAGUACUUGCAUAAAAUGACAUCUAUUUUAUCUAUUAUGGCUUCUGAGCCUGAAAAAUAUGCGCCAGGUAUAGGUUCAAGCUGUUCAAUGGUAUGUCAUAUUGUAAAACAGAAUGAUAAAGUAGUCUUGUUUGAGAGCUCGAGUAAUGAAGCAGCUAAAGUAAUUCAAUCAAUGCGUGUUCGAGUGUAUGAUUUAUUCAAAGGACAAGCGAUCAUAUCAGAAAAUUGGAGGAGAGUUCUUAUAUCAAUGCAAUGGGACGGUAAAAAACCACAGGUAAAGGAUAUUCCAUUAGGAGGAAUUUUUAAUGUUGGCCUUGACUUCAUUCGUGAAAUAAAAAGUUUGACAACAGGACUAAGAAAAAUGAGCUGUGACUUGACAGGAGACGCUGCAUUAAAACUAAAGCCAUUCGACUGGACGGCAUAUCUCUUCUAUGAAAUGCCCUUUUGGAAGUCAGCUAAAAUCACAGUUAGUAUACCAAAUGGAUUUAAAUCUGCUCUUAUUUGUUCACAGUUUUCAACAAAGCUAUUAGAUUAUAAAAUAUAUCACCCCCGACUAACUGGCUACUUUAGUGCUCAAUUGACUCAACAAGGUUUUGAUUUAAAACACAAUAAAGAUAUUUUUCAUUUGCAAAAUGAAUGGGGUCAUGUUGUGGCUGUGAACUUUUUUUGGAGGAGUAAAAAAAUCUCACAAGCACAAGAACUGGAUAUAAAUAUUGAAACAAACAAUGCAACUGCUCCAAUAUUUCCUGGAACCGGAUUGGAAGACUUCUUUCACUAUUUUCACGACUUUUUUAGAACUAAAAACAUCACCGGACCAUUUAAUGGCAUUCCUUCCUUUUACAAAACAAAAAAGAUGCGAAUGACUAAAUGCUUUCGACAAAACACACUGGAUCCAAUAUUGUUUAUUAAUGGUAUUCGAAUUUACUUAGAGUCUCACUUUAAUCAAAAACCGAAUAACUAUCGAAAGUUUCUAAUGACAUCAUCGUCAUUCAACCAAAAUAUUUUACCAGAUUCCCUUUAUACUGUUGUAUUGUACUAUGGUAGCAAAGGCUCUGGUGGUUUGUACACUGACAAAGUGAAUUAUUAUAGUUUCGAAAAUGGUUUGUCUCCCAGAUUAAAAUUUAUUCCUGCAAGAGUUAAAUAUUUCAACAUUCAAAGUAUGUACGAAAACCAAGCUGGUGGACUUUCAAACAAAACAGUUGUGUCUUUGGAGCCCGGACAGACUGUGGUUCAUACAUUUUUUAUCUCUGAAAGCAACGUUGGUGUCGUUCUUCGUCGAGAAUAUCACUCAAUAAUACCAAAUCAAAAGGCAAACGUGGUAGUUGACGAAAAAGAAGCUGGGAUAUGGUUUUGUCCACAAAGAGCAAUAACUGAGUUAUACUCUUUACGUCUGAACGAUUACCUUCUUCCUCUUCAUCAAACAAUUGGCAAAAGAUCCAUUGAAGUGAAGAUAACAGCAAUUACAAAAUGGGAAACGGUCUCAAUUCAUGUGCUUUCUGUUCUAAUUGGAAGCAAAUAAUUCAAGUGAGCAUAAAGAAUAAUUUGAACUCUGUACCAUUUUAUUUCAAUAAAUGCCAAUAAUAGCUGGUGUUUUUAGACUUACAAAUUAAAUUAGACUAGUCUGUCGUUAAUUGUAAUUUACCUUCUUUAAUUUAAUUUUUAAUAAAAUUUUAAUACCAUUUAAAAUAGAUUAAUACUAUUGUUGAAUUAUGUUUGUGAUAUUCAAACUGUUUAACGUACAUUUAAUCAAGAUAUAUAAUAAAGUUAAUUGUAUGGGAUUAUCUGAA